GAGGAGGGUGGGAGGAUGUAUCUGAUUUCGAGAGCUCUUGAUUUGGGCGCUGCUUUUCCACGAGUCCGGGAAGGAGCUCUGUGGUCCAGCUCCCUCACCUGUAAUUGACUGAGGAGGAACCCGAGAGUUGAUUGGCCUCGGUCCCCACAAUCCCAAAAAAAAACAGGACCUUGACAAGCUCCAUGAACUGAAGGCCAAAGCCCGGCAGAUUAUGAACCAGUUUGGCCCCUCAGCCCUGAUCAACCUCUCCAACUUUUCAUCCAUAAAACCAGAACCUUCCAGCACCCCCCCUCAGGGGUCCAUGGCCAACAGUACCACAGUGGGAAAGAUGCCAGGCCCCCCGGGGGCGGGGGGGCGUCUUAGUCCAGAAAGCAAUCAGGUUUUGACAAAGAAGAAAUUACAGGACCUGGUUAGAGAAGUCGAUCCCAAUGAACAGCUGGAUGAAGACGUGGAAGAGAUGCUACUACAGAUUGCUGAUGACUUCAUCGAGAGCGUAGUGACGGCAGCGUGCCAACUGGCCCGGCAUCGAAAAUCUAACACUUUAGAGGUCAAAGAUGUCCAGCUACAUUUAGAGCGCCAGUGGAAUAUGUGGAUCCCAGGUUUUGGUUCAGAAGAAAUACGACCCUACAAAAAGGCCUGCACCACAGAGGCUCACAAACAGAGAAUGGCCUUGAUCCGCAAAACGACCAAGAAAUAACGCAUGGGAGGGGCAGGGAGAAGACGGCACUGCAUUUGGAGACACCGGAGAGGCCUCCACAAUAUCGCCUAUGGAAUUUUUUUUUAUGCUUUAAAGAGAAGCAUAUAUAUUUUUAUUAACAGUACAGCAAUAUCUAUAGUGACUGAGGAGACCUGCCAAAAAAAACCUAGCCAUUAUAUGGUCCCAGUUCCCUUUCCUUUUACUUGCCCUCUCAGAAGGGAGCAAUGUAUCUCAGCCCAAAGGAGGUUUUAUUUGUGGUUCAUCCUAAGUGGUUGUCCAAGGGACAGAGAGCAUUCUGGUCGUGUUUGGUGGACAGUAGAGGUUUCUGUUUCCCUUUCCUCCCCAUACUUUGUAACAUCAGUGUUUAUAUGAAUAUGACUUUGAUUUGUUUUUCAGAAAUAAAGAUGUUAUUAAGCUAACA